AUGAAUGAAACUGAAAGAUAUGAAAGUACAGCUGUGCAAGGGAUUGUUAGUUAUUUAAAUGCAUUUAUUCAAACAAAAACGAGUUUAGGAAUUUCUAUUGAAAAGACAUUAAAAGGAUUACAAGAAGGUUUAAAAUCAACAAUAAUAUUAAUAACUUAUAUGCAAAGUUUCCAAAAUUUUAUCCCUCCACACACGAAUCCUAUUAACUUGUUUCAAAUGAAUGAAAAUGCAGAAAAAUUGAUUCGUAUGGCAAAGUCAUUUGGACUUGAAGUUACUUGUUCUGCAAGUGCUAUAACUCAACCACAAGCAGCUACUGCAUCACAAGUACUUGGUUUAUUAUGGCAAUUAAUUGACUAUGAUUUAAGAAAAACACUAGGAUCAAUGGAUUGUGAAGGAGAUGUAAUGAAAUGGGUAAACACAACAUUAGGAAGUAAAAGAAUGAUAAACUAUACAUCAGACCUCCAAGAUGGAAUAAUUUUUCGAGACUUACUACGUACUCUUGGAAUUCCAUGUGGAAAUUCAUUAGAAGAUGUUAUAACUGCAUCAGGUACAAUAGGAUGUCAAUUAAUAUCAGUUGAAAGUGUACAAAAUUGUGUUGUUAAAAUGAAUUUUGCAUUUCUUGCAGCAUUAAUGAAAUGGAAAAAAGAACAAGAUGAGAUUGAAAGAAAACGAAGAGAGGAACAAGAUAAAAUAAAUAAAGUUGAAGCAGAAAAACGUGCAAAAGAAGAAGAAGAAAGAAAAAAACAACAAGAAUUAGAACAACAACAACAAAAAAUUAAAGAAGCUAAAGAAAAAGAAGACAAAGAAUACAAUAGUUUAUUAGAAGAAAAAGAAAGACAAAAAAUUGUUGGUGAACAACAAAUGAAACAACUUGAAGAAAAGCAUGCAGAAGAAGAAAGGAAAAUGCUUGAAAAGUUAAAACAGGCACAAGAAGAAAGUGCUGGAAUAACAGCAGUAGAACAUCUUAAUAAUGCACAAUUAGUAGAAGAGAAAGAAAAAUUAAAUGAUGAAAGUGAACAGAUUAAACAAGACAUUGAUGAAGCGUAUAAAAGAAAACAAACAACAAGAUUUGAAAUGUUAAGGUUACAAAGUGAUAAUAUUAGAAAUGAAAAGGAAUUUCAAAAAGAAUUUAAAGAAGCUGAUAGAAAGAAACAAGAAAUGCUUAAAAAAGAAAAAAGAAUGGAAGAACGAAUUCAAAACCUUCAUUAUGAAGAAUUAAGUGAAAAAUAUACAAGUAAAGUUGAUGAAAAUUAUAAAUUAAGUGGAGAAGUUCAUGAUAUGGAACAAAAGAAAGCUGAAUUAACUGAUUUACUUCAACAAAAAGAACGACAAACAAAAAGAGUUAAUAGUUUAAUUGAUGAUGUCUCACAAGAGAUUCUUAAUGUUGAAAAAAGUAUUCUUCAAGAAAACAAGAGAAUUAAAGAUAAUAAAAGAGAACAAGCUCGUAUUCAAAAACAAAUAUCUGACAUUCAAACACAAACAAAAAUUGUUAAAAUGGAUACUCAUUCAAUUAUUCAAGAAAGAGAACAUAAUGAAAAACAAUUAGAUACUAAAUUAGAUAAAAUAGAUGAUGCUAAUUAUGAACUUGGAAAAUUAGAAAUGGCUAAUGCUGAUGCUGAACUGGAACAACAAGCUGCAAGUGAAGAAUUAGAUCAAUUUGUAGAAAGAUCCAAAAUUUUAUUACAACAAAUGGAAAGUAAAAUAACUCGAGACUUAUCAAGAGAAAAGAAAGCUGAAGAAAGAAGUAAAAGAAAUCUUAAUAAAGAUAGAAAAAAAGCUAGAGAAAAAAGCAAACAAUUAAGAAAAGAAAAAGAUGCAAUUGAAAUUGAAGUUGAUAGUAAAAAACAUGAAAAAAGAAUGCAAGAAGCAAAAUUGGACCGUAUAUCUGAACAAUACUUAGACGUUAAACAACAACAAAAUGAUGAAGAAAUUAAAUUAAAAAGUAAAGAUAUUGAUAUUGACAAUAAACUGAAAGAAAUUAAUUCAAGAAGAAAAAAACUAGGAGAGGCAAAAGGAAAAAGUAAAGUUGCACUACAAACCAAAGAAGGUAUUGGUAACAAACCUAUUGAAGUAUUAAAUCAAAGAGAUAAAGAGAUUUGUGAUGAUAUUCAUAAAAAAUAUGAAGAAGAGCGUAGAAAAAAGAGAGAAGAAAUUGCUAAAUUUGUAGAAAGUGUUGAAAAAGAGCCAACACCACCUCUUACAGAAAAAACAGUUCUUCCAAAAUUAGUUAAUCAAGAAGAAAUAGAACGAGAAUUAGCAGAUAACCAUCUCCAACAUGUUAAACGAUUUGACCCUGUUCUUGAAUUAAGAAAACAAGAAGUUGAGAAAGUUAAAAAAAGAGAAAAUAUGAAAAAACAAGAAGAACUUGACAGAAAAAAGAAAAUAGUUGAAUUAAGUGAGGCAAAAGUUGAGAUUGAAAAGAAGUUAAAAGAAGAAGAGCUAAGAAUUGUUGAAGAGUUUAAACAAAAAAGAGAAAAAUGGAGAAAAGAAAGAAAAGAAAUUUAUAAAAGAAUUUAUGAUAUUGUUGAUAUAACUGACUAUAUUAAAGAAGAGCCUGUGGAACUAAAAGGAGUCAUUGAGAAUAAUGCUAGUGAAAAUGCAAGUUUAUUAGUUAAAUGGGACAAUGUUAAAGAAGUUAGUGAAAUGUUUAAAAAAUGGGCUAUUCAAAGAAAUGCUUUUAUUGAUAAAUUUGACUCAACAAGAAAAGAUGGAUUUAGUCGACAAGUUAAAUGUACAACAAGUCCUAUCUUAGAUGAAAAAGUUGACUUAUUAAGUUUGAGAAAAUUGAGUGAUCAAAGUUCAGAAAAGAGUAUUUAUGGUAAGUCUAAACAACGACAAAAAGUUAUGGAAUUAGCUAUGAAAAAAGAAAUGGAAGAGUCUAAUAAAGAUGGACUACACACACCAAGAUUUGAAAUGGCUCAAGGAAAUAGUCCGUUAUUUGAUGAGAAUGGACAUUUGAAUCCUAGUCCUAUUCCCAUUGCAUUCUUUUUGGAUGAUAUGGAUGAUGAAGACAGAGAAGUCCAACGAAGAAUUGAAGAAGAAAAGAAGAGAAGAGAAGAAGAGUUAAAGAAAAUGGUUGAAGAAGAAGAACGAAGAAGAAAAGAAGAGGAAGAGAGAAGAAAAAGAGAGGAGGAAGAAAGAAAGAGAAAAGAAGAAGAACGACGACUUGAAGAAGAAAGAAAGAGAAAAGAAGAAGAAGAAAAUCUCAAAAGAAAAGAAGAAGAACGUCAACGCCAAAUUGAAGAAGCAAAGAGAAAAGCUGCAGAAGAAAGAAAACGACUUGAAGAAGAAAAGAAACGACUUGAAGAAGAAAGAAAAAGGAUUGAAGAAGAACAACGUAGGAUCGAAGAAGAAAAAAAGAAAAAAGAAGAAGAAGAACGAAUCAAAAAAGAACAAGAGAGAAAAAAGAAAGAAGAAGAAGAGCUUAUUGCUAGACAAGAGGCUGAACGAAAAGAAAAAGAAAGAAAGGCUGAAGAAGAACGACUACAAAAAGAGCAUGAAGAAUUACUAAGGAAAGAGGCUGAACGUAUUGAACAAGAAAAAAUUAGAAAAGCAAAAGAAGAAGAGGAACGAAUAAUAAAGGAGGAAGAAGAAAGAAAAAGAAAGGAAGAGAAUGAAAGAAUUCAAAAAGAAGAAGAAGAGAAAAGGAGAAAAGAGAAAGAAGAAGAAGAAGAAAAAAUUAAAAAGGAACAUGAGGCUUUACUUGAGAAAUUGAGAUUAGCUAAAGAAGAAGAAGAAAAAAUUAAAAAGGAACAAGAAGAAAGAAAACGAAAAGAAGAAGAAGCACGUGAAGCAGAAGAACAACUACGAAAAGAAGAAGAAGAAAAGGCUAAAAGAGAAGAAGAACAAGAGAUUGAAAGAAAAAGAAAAGAAGCAGAAGAUGAACGAAAAAGAAUUGAAGAAGAACAUAAAAAAAUGCAAGAGAAGAUAGAGUUAUUAAGAAAACAAAAAGAAGAAGCAUUAAAACUUAAAAAAGAAGAAGAAGAAAGAAAGAAUAAAGCAGAAGAAGAAAGAAAACAAAAAGAAGAAGAAGAAAGGAUCAAGAGAGAAGAAGAUUAUAAGAAACAACAAGAAGAAAUUGCAAGACAAGUAAAUGAAGAAAGGUUGAGAAUUGAAAAAGAAAAGAAACGUAUUGAAGAAGAAAGAAUCAAAGAAAAUGAAUUAAAAAAAGAAGAAGAAGAACGAAAAAGAAUAGAAGAAGAAGAAAGAAAAAGACGAGAAGAAGAACAAGAAAAAAUAAAGAAAGAAGAAGAGAAAAAACGGUUAGUAGAAGAACAAAAGAGGUUAGAAGAACAAAGAAAGAAAGAAGAAGAACUACGCCAAAAAGAAGAAGAACAAAGAAAGAAAGAAGAAGAACUACGCCAAAAAGAAGAAGAAAGAGUUAAAGUUGCUGAAGAAGAAAAGAGACAGAUUGAGGAAGAAAGAAUUAAAAGAGAGGAAGAAGAAAAGAAAAGAAAGGCAUUAGAAGAAGAGGAGUUAAAGAAAAAAGAGGAAGAAGAAAAACAAAGAAGAGAAGAGUUUGAAAAAAGAAGAAAAGAAGCAGAAGAAGAAAGACUUAAAAAAGCAAAAGAAGAUUUAGAAAGAUAUCAAAAAGAAAAGGCUGAAAGACUAAAAAGAAAACAAAAAGUAAGUGUUGGAAGUCUUGUAUACAUUCCUUCAGUCACUGAAAUUAAAGUUAAAUCUCCUAUUGGGUCUCCUAGACUCUCAGAUGUUGUUCAACAAAAAAUUGAUGAAAGGGAUAACCUUGUUGACCCAUCAAUUGUCAAUCAUAAUAUACAACCAAGAAGAAGAAAAGUCGUUACUGAAAGAAACGAUAAGACUUUAAUCGAAGUCAAGAAAACACCUCAACAACAUUUAAAAGAAAGUUUAAAUCCAUCAAAGUCAACGAAUUGUAUUAUUUCUGCUCCACCAAGUGUUUCUUCAACACCAACUAUAUCACCAGCCUCAACUCCAUCAAAGUCUAAAGAAGAAACUCCAAGAAAACAUACAAUCAAUUCAUUUACAUCAGAAAGUAUAUCUGAGACACCUAAACAUUCACUCAAACAAUCUAAAAUAGAGAAACAUAAAAGCCUUAGGUCAGCAAAAACAAUUUCUUUCUCCAAAAGAGAUAAGAAAAAAGACAAAAAAGAAAUAGAUGAUUUAGUUCCAGAGACUGUAGAUGGAGAAGAAGUUCAACUUGAACGAGAGGCAGUUACAGGAAGAAAGAGAACCAAGAAAGAAAGAACCAAGAAAGCAAAAGGAGGGGAUUGUGUUUUGCUUUAA